GCAGGCCACAGUUGCAAAAUGCAUAAUCUGACUGAACUUCCAGGCAAUGCAACUUCCCACAAUAGCAUGUCUGUGAUCAUCAAGGUGUGUGUAGUUAUCCCCUUCUUCUGUGUCUUCCUCUGCUGCAUUGCUGUCAUGCUGCACAUCUUUGCAUCUCACAGGCAGUUCCUGGACACCUCACGUUACAUCUUGUUUGCCUGCAUGUUGAUCAAUGACACCCUCCAGCUCUUGAGCUCUGUCCUGCUCUUCCUCCUUGUCAUGGGCCAGUUGAAGUUUGCUCUUGUCUACUGUGUUCCCCUGCUGGUUGUUUCCACUGCCACUUUCCAGAACACACCGUUAAUCUUGGCCACCAUGUCACUGGAGCGUUAUGUUGCCAUCUUCUAUCCCUUGCAGCGCCCGGCCGCCUGGCGCUCAGAUCGCAUCUGGAUCAUUAUUCUGUCCCUGUGGCUCAUCAGCUCCAUCUUUCCUAUAAUUGACCACACCAUCGGGGAACAUGACCCCACUGUAAAUGUCCUCUCUACACCGGUGCUUUGCAAACCUGCCGUUGUUAACUCAUCUCCAACUCAGAGACUGUUCAGAGCUGCUGUGUUCGUUCUGUUCUUUGCAGUAGUGGCUGUUAUCAUCCUCUUUACAUAUGUGAGAAUCCUGCUGGAAACCAGAAAGCUGAGACAAGACCAAGUGUCUGUGAGCAAAGCCAUGCACACUGUGCUGCUGCACGGCUUUCAGCUGCUGCUGUGCAUACUGGCCUUCACCAGCCCCAUCACUGAAACUCUCAUAGUACUGCAUGCCAAAUGGCUUCCAGAAGACAUUGCCUUUUUUAAUUACUUCUGUUUCGUCCUAAUCCCACGCUUUCUCAGCCCGCUCAUCUACGGCUUUAGAGAUCAGACUCUCAGGGUGUACAUUGGGAAAACUUUCUUCUGCUGCUCAAACAAAGCCAAACCCUAUGGGAGAGGCAAAGUGCAGGACAACUUGUCUGUUCCUUGA